GGUCGCUUUUCAAUCUGGUCCCGGCAGACAGAACACCACAGGAACUCUCGUGCUUUUAAAAAUUGUGGUAUUUUGUGUUUCUUAGAAAGAAAGGACUUUAGUAUUUGAUUAUUUCGUGUGUGUUUGUUUUUACUUUAUUUCGUUUCGUGUGUGUUUUUUUUUAUUGAAAAGGGUGGAUUUUUAUUGAAAGUGUACAUCAUGGUAAAGGCCUUAACUACGGAGUUACUGAAGACCCAAGGAAAAUAUUAUGCUGACAUGUGGAAAGAAAAACCUCUUGAUGUUCAGCCGACGAUGCAGGCGAGCGGCAGCGACACCGCCCUGGACCUGGCGGGGGAGGCAGACACCCUCACCUACUCCUGGAGGAACGUCAGCGUCUACUACAGCCGCAGCACCAAGGCCAUGGACGUCCCCAUACUAAAGGGGGUGACGGGCAUCUGUCGUCCCGGCGAGCUGCUGGCGAUCAUGGGGGCGUCGGGCGCGGGCAAGACGACGCUGCUCAGUCUCACACACCGCAACAACGAUAAGCUGCGCAUCGUCGGCGACCUCUUCGUCAACGGCCACCGAGUGGACCCCGACUCCCUCACCAGCCGCUCCGCCUACGUGCAGCAGGACGACCUCUUCAUCGGGACGCUGACAGUUCGAGAGCAGCUGAUCUUCCAGGCCCUGUUGAGGAUGAAUCGACAUGUCACGUAUAGCGAGAGAGUAAAGCGAGUUAACCAGGUUAUUAUGGAGCUUGGUCUCGUCAAAUGCGAAAACACCCUGAUUGGUGUUCCAGGCAAGGCCAAGAGCAUAUCCGGAGGCGAGAUGAAGCGACUCAGUUUUGCCUGCGAGAUCCUGACCAACCCGUCCCUCAUGUUCUGCGACGAGCCCACCUCCGGCCUGGACUCCUUCAUGGCCCAGAACGUGGUGACCGUCAUGAAGAACAUGGCCGAGCGGGGCAAGACUAUCAUCUCCACCAUCCACCAGCCCAGCUCCGAGGUCUUCGCCAUGUUCGACCGCGUCCUCCUCAUGGCCGAGGGGCGCAUCGCGUUCCUGGGUGAGGUCGCCGCCGCCCUCAAGUUCUUCAGCAGCAUAGACCUCCAUUGCCCGAAGCAGUACAACCCCGCGGAUCACUUCAUCGACCAGCUCUCCGUGCAGCCCGGCAAGGAGCUGAAAUGUCGCCAGGAAAUCGACCUGAUCUGCGACGCCUUCCGCUCGAGCUGCUUCCACGAGGAUAUCAAGGCCGGGGUCGCGGUCAACGAGCGGCCGAGGAAUGGCACUCACCCAAAGGAAAAUCCGGAUGACGAGAGGUCUCCGUACAAGGCCUCCUGGUGCAAGCAGUUCCGGGCCGUCAGCUGGAGAUCUUGGCUGGAGGUCGUGAGGGAGCCGUUUCUGAUCAGAGUCCGGUUUUUGCAGAUUAUGGCGAUAGCGAUUAUGGUGGGCAUUUUGUACCGGGGACAAAAUAUGGACGAAGUGGGCGUGUUCAACAUCAACGGCGCCCUUUUCCUCCUCCUCACCAACAUGACUUUCCAAAACUGUUCAGCCGUCAUCAACACAUUCUGCUCCCAAAAGCACCUGUUUCUACGAGAGCACUACAACGGCAUGUACCGCACUGACGUCUACUUCCUGGCCAAGAAUCUCGUCGAACUGCCCUUUUUCGUUACGUACUCCUUCCUCUACGCCAGCAUCAUGUACUUCAUGAUUGGCCUCAACCCUACCCUUGACAGGUUCCUGAUCUGUGCCCUCGUCUCUGUUCUAGUGGCUCUGACCGCCGUCUCGUUUGGCUAUCUCCUGUCUUGUAUGGCGAGCUCAGUCAACAUGGCUCUCACCCUCCUGGCGCCUAUGACCAUUCCCAUGAUGUUGUUUGGUGGCUUCUUCCUGAAUGAGAAAUCAACACCCAGGUACAUGAUAUGGGUCAAGUAUCUCUCCUGGUUUAACUAUGGCAACGAAGCCCUUAUGAUCAACCAGUGGGAGGGCGUGAAGAACCUGACGUGCACCGGCGUCAGAACCUGUUUCUCUGACGGGGAAGCUGUCCUGGCCCACCUCGGGUACUCAGACGACGAUCUCUGGUGGGACGUGUGUUGUCUCGUCGUCCUCAUCGUCGUGUAUAGAGUGGUGGCCUUCCUCCUCCUCCUCCUCCGCACACACAGGGGAAAGACGCGGUCGUAAGGGUCCGGUCGGAAGAGAAGACCUUCCUUCACGUUCUUCUUAUAGGAACGAUGACGAUGAAGGUCUUGAAUAAUUAAGGCUUGUGAAAUGUGAUACGAUUCAUAGUUGCUGUGAGAUUUGAAAUGAUAACGUAACAUAAUAGAUGCUAAUCUCUUUAGUUGAGUUUUUUUUAAGGAAGGUAAUAAAAUAAAAUGCCAGUCUCUUAAAUUCUAUAUAAACACUCAGACGGGGUCGAGCUUAAGUGAUUUAUGCCUCAAAUAUUGCUCUGAGAUUGAAUAAAUUAGGUUUAGUUUCCAAAAAGGUGCUCAUUUUGGCUGACAUUUUUGCCCAACAAGAUUCUCAAAGACUACCGGAAGUGACGUGUGCCCUUUAAAGGUAAUCUCUAAAGACUGUCCGGAGUCUGACAAUAAGACAUCAUCAUCUGCAUGAGAAGGAACUUCGACCCUUACGCCGCUAUGACACACAAUUGAAUUUGGCUUUUCGCGUUGAAGAGUUGUCUGUUUCAUGUCAUGUACGCAAUCAUGAUGAGUUUUGUGAUAUUUAAUGCAAAUAUAUAUAUAUAUAAAUAAAAAAGUAUUAAUGCAGCUGGUGAUGUUUUCGUACAUUAUUUCUGUUCUGUGUUGUUUAUUUUUCCUUUGAAACCUGUUAAAUCCUAUUCGUUUCUUUACGGUGAAUCUACACUUAUAGAAAAGUUAGUUCAUCCUUUGUAUACAGAUAUUAUAUUGUUUUAUAUAUGUAUAUGGAUAAAAUAUAAAAUAGUU